AUGUCUGCAGCCGAACCUACCAAUAUAGAUUUAAAUUCAUUACCUCCUCAGCAAUUGAUUGAGUUUCGUAAAUCGAUAGAUGAGGAAAUCACCCAUUUCACACAAUCCUUGCAAGCCUUGUCUGCAGCCCAGUCAAAGUUGAAAGAUUGUAUUUCCAGUAUAAAUAACUUGGAACAAUCCAAAGAAAAUGAUUUAUUAGUUCCAUUAACAAGCUCCUUAUAUAUACCUGGCCAAGUGGUAACAAGAAAUAAAUAUUUGGUGGAUAUAGGUACAGGAUAUUAUGUUGAAAAACUGGCCGACAAAGCUAAAUUAGGUUACAACAACAAAAUUAAAAAAUUGGACGAUGAUGCUAAGAAGUUGAAAAACAUUCUAGUGCAAAAGAACGAGUUAUUAAACACAGUGAAUUUGAUAUUAAGAAGAAAAGUAAUCGAAAUGGAGCAAGAGCAAGAGGGAUCAUCUGCAGGUGUAACUAAUUGA